AUGCAUUUCCUCCUCCUCGGCGCAACUGGACGGACCGGCCGGCACGUCGUAUCUCAACUGCUCGCCCAAGGUCAUACAGCGGUGGCCUUGGUUCGCGUCUCCGGCAGCCUCGCCCCUCGCUCUGGACUCACCGUCGUCACCGGCUCCCCGCUGUCAAAAACCGAUAUACAAAGCGCACUGUCCGCGGCACCAUCUCUGACGCCUUUUGCAGCCAUCAUCACAUUGAACACAGUCCGCAAGUCCGACAGCCCUUUCGCGCCUCAGGUCUCGGCCCCUCGCUUCCUAGCCGACUCGUGCGCAAACGUCUGUGAGGUCCUGGAGGACGCCGGCGUGCUUCGCAUUGUCGUCAUGUCCACCGCAGGCGCCGGGGAUUCAUGGCCCAAUCUGCCGUGGCUAUCAAGGGUUUUCAUGGGCUCAACCAACAUCAAGUACGCGCUCGAGGACCACAACAUCGUUGAUAGUGAGAUUCGCAAGACCAAGAUGGAUUGGACUCUUGUAAGGGCUUCGAGGCUGCGCUUUGAGGAGCAGGACGAGACCUCGAUGACGAUGAAGACUACCGAUAUUAAGAUCCUAGAUAGCGUAGGGUUCGGGAUGCGAAUAAGCGAUAGCAUUCACAUCGGUCAAGUAGCAGGAUUCUUAAUUAAGGUCGCUAUCGAAGGACUUUAUAUAAAGAGAGCUAUAGUAAUAAAAAACUAG